AGGAAGUUAGCUCUUACUCGUCCCUCACAGUACGCAACCGUUUCCUAUCUCAGCAGGAAGCAGCGCUCUCUUCCUCUCCCUCUUGUGGUGAGAGAGAGGUACACAACCCCCAACUCCAAUGGCCGCCUUGCUCCGCCACCACCCUCUGCCUCCGGCCGUCCCUUCUCCCUCCCGCCACCGCUUCCUCCCUCCUUCUCAUCCUCCUCUUGUGUUAUCUUUCCGCCGCCGCGUAGCCGUGGUCCGGGCUUCUGGCAACAGCGACUUCGACAGGUUCGCCAGAAAAGCCUGGCGCAGCGCAAAUGAUGGCUUUGAGCUCUUCCUUUUCGAGGCGAAGAAGACGGUGGAACGCAUUGACCGGAAGUACUCCGUCGGCCGGCGUCUCAAUGUUGCGACGCAGUCUGCCGUUGAUAGGGCGCGCUUGAUCGAUAGGGAUUUGAACAUCACCGUUCGUUGGCGCGCCUUCACCAUGGAUUUCUCCCGAAACUGGCCUAGGUACAGGAAGCAGCUCAAUGAUCUCAUGGAUACUCCAUUAGGAAGAUUUUCUUAUGCUAUGUUCUUCGUCUGGUUUGCUCUAUCAGGGUGGGUGUUUCGGUUCAUAAUAUAUGGUUCAUGGAUUCUGCCGCUUGCCGUGCCUCUUAUAAUAGCAGCUAUUGGGAAUAAUCUUGUCAUCAAGGGGUCGUGUCCAGCUUGUAGGCAGGAUUUCAUGGGUAUCAAGAACCGGGCAAUCCGAUGUGCAGGGUGUGGUAACAUUGUGUGGUACCCUGAAGACGACGUAUUUUCAAGAGGUGGAGGUGCCGGUGGUGGUGGUAAGAAAGGAACAAAACCUUCAAAGUCUGAUCCUAAUGUAAUCGACGUGGAAUUUGAAGAGAAAUGAUGUGGCGUCAUGGGGAUGGUGAUCUGAAUAACAUAAGGAUAUUUCAAGCCUUUUCCAGGUACUGUGAACUCUUAGACACACCAGAAGGAUGGAAAUUAGAAUUGUUGUAGGGAUCGGAAGCGGAAAAGGGGAAAGGGAAUUAGAGCUUCUCCAGUUUUGCAUUUGUCUGUGGUUCUAUAUAUAUUUGUAUUUCAGCCUGACUGCAGGAGCAUGUCCAUGGAAUAGUCUUAAGGGAGUCUCAGUAUAAGAAGAAAAAUGCUUUGUACAGAACGCAGCCUAUUCGUAUUAUUUUUUUCCAUGUAAUAGUACAGCAGUUGCUACAAGAGCUAUAAAUAAUUUCAUGGGCUUAAUUGCAAGAUUGGUCACUCGAAUUGCUAUAAAAUUUCACGUUUGCCACUCAAAUUAAUUUAUUC